AUAAUUUAAAAAUAAUAAUAUAGUAAUAAAUCAAAAUGUCAUAUAUGUUGAUUGAAAAACUCAGACCAACACAAUGUGCAGUUGGAAUGAAUCAUGUAUUAAGAAAAGUAGGUGAAUUACAAGAAUUAAAAUCAUCACAAGGUAUCCAAAAGGUAUCAGAAUUUUUAAAAACACAUCCAGCCCCAGUUGUUAUUAAAAAUAAUGAAGUGUUUUUAAUCGAUAAUCAUCAUUUAUGCAGAGCAUUACACGAAUUAGGCGAUGAUUUCUUUAAAGAUAUUCCAUUAGAAGAAAAUAUAUUUUCAAAUAAACCAAUUAUGUAUAUUAAUGUAGUUUCAGAUUUAUCACAUCUUUCAGACCAAACCGAAUUUUGGAACAAAAUGAACCAAGAAAAAUGGGUUCAUCCAUAUAACAAGCAUGGUGAAGGUCCAGUAAAUGUUAAUGAAAUUCCACAAAGUGUCGGAUUAUUAGAGGAUGAUAUAUUUAGAAGUAUUGCAGCAGUUGUUAAAAUUAAAGGUGGUUUUAAAAAGACAUUUAUUCCAUAUGCAGAAUUCCAAUGGGCAAAUUAUUUUAGAUCAUGCUAUAAAAAUAAAGAAAUUGACCCAAAAACAGAUUUCGAAAAACUUAUUGCAGAAUCUUUAGAAUUAUCAAAGAGUGAUAACGCAAAGCAUUUACCAGGUUUCAUUCAAGAAUAAUUAAAAUAAAGUUAUAAAAUGAAAAGUUAAAUUUAAUAAGAUAAUUUUUCAUUUUAAAAAAUAAAAACU